CACGCUCCUGCCGGCCUCCGCUCCUUAUAUUCCGCGGCCGGCCGGAUCCCCUGCCCAUUUUCCGUCUCCCCCCUCUGUCCUCUCCUCCCUCCUCGAGCUGAGCUGAGCUCGCGCUCGCGGGGAGCGAACGAACCAUGGAGCCGGCGACGAUGGCGUGGACGGCGGGGCUGGUGGGCGCCGGCCUGGUCUACUGGUUUGUGUGGGUGAUGGGCGCGGCGGAGGUGAAGGGGAAGCGGGCGGUGGAUCUCAAGAUGGGAUCCAUCACGCGGGACAAGGUGCAGGACAAGUACACGCAGUACUGGUCCUUCUUCCGCCGCCCCAAGGAGACGGCCACCACGCAGGCCUCCGCCGACAAGGUGCCCGCCUUCGUCGACACCUUCUACAACCUCGUCACCGACAUCUACGAGUGGGGCUGGGGCCAGUCCUUCCACUUCUCGCCCUCGCUCCCCGGCCGCUCCCACCGCGACGCCACCCGCGUCCACGAGGAGCGCGUCGCCGACCUGCUGGGGGCCAAGCCGGGCCACCGCGUGCUCGACGUCGGCUGCGGCGUCGGCGGGCCCAUGCGCGCCAUCGCGGCGCACUCCGGCGCCCGCGUCGUCGGCAUCACCAUCAACGAGUACCAGGUGAACCGCGCCCGCGCGCACAACCGCAAGGCCGGGCUGGACGCGCAGUGCGAGGUGGUGUGCGGCAACUUCAUGGCCAUGCCCUUCGACGACGCCUCCUUCGACGGCGCCUACUCCAUCGAGGCCACCUGCCACGCGCCCAGGCUGCAGGACGUGUACGGCGAGGUGUACCGCGUGCUCAUGCCGGGGCGGCUCUACGUGUCCUACGAGUGGGUGACCACGCCGCUGUACCGCGCCGACGACCCGGCGCACGUGGAGGCCAUCCACGGCAUCGAGCGCGGCGACGCGCUCCCGGGGCUGCGCCGGCAGGACGAGAUCGCGUCGAUCGCGCAGGAGGUCGGGUUCGAGGUGGUGCAGGAGCUGGACCUGGCCCUCCCACCCUCGCUGCCAUGGUGGACGCGGCUCAAGAUGGGGCGCCUCGCCUACUGGCGCAACUCGCUGGUGGUGCGCGUGCUCACCCUGCUCCGGAUCGCGCCCAAGGGCGUGGUGGAGGUGCACGAGAUGCUGUACGAGACCGCGCAGCACCUCACCCUCGGCGGCGAGACCGGCAUCUUCUCGCCGAUGCACAUGGUGGUCCUCCGCAAGCCCGUCGCCGACGCCGCCGAAUAGAGCGAGCGAUCAAACAAGAAGUAAUUUCAAUCAAUUUCUCAUCAGAGGUAAGAAAAACCGGGAGGGAGGACAGGCUUAUUAUUAGCUAAUGGAGCACUACUAGUACAAUUGAUUUGGUGUUGUAGCCGAGAGAGGAGAGAAUAGGAGCGGCCGAUGAUGCUUACUGUUUGUUGGUGGUAGCUUUCGUUUUCGUUUCGAUUUUUGGGUGGAGUUGGGCUGCAUGCAGGCUGGAUUCAGAUUUGUUUCUGCUUUGAUCCGUGGAUUGGAUAGAUCUUCCUUUUCUUCUAUGUAUCGUCAGCUAUAUUUUGUCCUAAAACUCAGAUGGAGUCUCGUGUUGCACACUGAAAUUGUGCAGGAAAUCAA